AUGGCGCAACGAACCUUCUCGCCGUUGAGGGUAUUCCUCGGCUGCGUAUUCUUCUUUUCCGCCCAGGUCUUUGCCGUCUCUGCGGUCCUGGGUGUUGACCUCGGUACCGAGUACAUCAAGGCUGCCCUGGUCAAGCCCGGUAUUCCUCUCGACAUUGUCCUGACCAAGGACUCGCGCCGAAAGGAGAUCUCCGCCGUCACAUUCAAGCCUCUCUCGAGCGGCCCCAAGUCCGGAUCUUACCCCGAGAGAUUAUACGGCUCCGACGCCGUCGCCCUCGCCGCCAGAUUCCCCCACGAUGUCUACCCCAACCUGAAGACCAUCCUUGGUCUCACCGUCGACCACCCGAUUGUCCAGGAAUACGCUGCCCGACACCCCGCCCUGCAGCUCGAGAAGAACAAGGAGCGUGAGACCGCCGCUUUCAAGAGCAAGGCUUUCACCGAGGAAGAGGAGGCAUGGCUCGUCGAGGAGCUGCUGGCCAUGGAGCUCCAGGCUAUCCAGAAGAACGCCGAGGCCGCCGCCGGAUCUGGAACUUCUGUUCGUUCCAUUGUCCUCACGGUCCCUCCCUACUUCACCACCGAGGAGAAGCGCGCCAUCCAGACGGCCGCUGACCUCGCCGGGCUCAAGGUCCUCUCUCUCAUCAGCGACGGCCUCGCGGUUGGUCUCAACUAUGCCACCUCCCGCCAGUUCCCCAACAUCAACGAGGGAGCCAAGCCCGAGUACCACCUCGUCUUCGACAUGGGCGCCGGCUCCACCAAGGCCACCGUCAUGAGAUUCCAGAGCCGUAACGUCAAGGACGUUGGCAAGUACAACAAGACCGUCCAGGAGGUGACUGCUUUGGGUUCCGGUUGGGACAGGACCCUGGGCGGUGACGCUCUCAACUCUCUCAUUAUUGACGACAUGGUCGCCCAAUUUGUCGAGUCCAAGGGCGCCCAGAAGAUUUCCGCCCAGUCUGACAAGGUCAAGACCCACGGCCGCGCCGUCGCGAAGCUGACCAAGGAGGCUGAGCGCAUCCGUCACGUCCUCAGCGCCAACACCCAGACCGGCGCCAGCUUCGAGGGUCUCUACGAAGAUGUCGACUUCAGGUACAAGAUCAGCCGCGCUGACUUCGAGAAGAUGGCCGAAGGCCACGCCGCUCGUGUCGGUGCCGUGGUUCAGAACGCUCUCAAGGCGGCCGGACUCGAGCUCUCCGACUUGACCUCCGUCAUUCUCCACGGCGGUGCUUCUCGCACCCCCUUCGUCCAGAAGGAGCUGGAGUCCGUUGUCGGCUCCGCUGACAAGAUUCGCAGCAACGUCAACUCGGAUGAGUCUGCCGUCUUUGGCGCUGGCUUCCGCGCUGCUGAGUUGAGCCCCAGCUUCCGUGUCAAGGAGAUCCGCAUCGCCGAGGGCGCCAACUACCCCUCCGGUAUGAAGUGGACCAACAUCAAGGACAAGCUCCAGCACCAGCGUCUGUGGUCUGCCGUUUCUCCCCAGGGAGGUGUCCCUAAGGAGGUCACUUUCACCAACCACGACGACUUCUCCGUUACUUUCUACCAGCAGAUCGACUCUGCUGAGCAGGACACCAAGAUCCUCACUACCAAGAACCUCACUGCGACUGUCGCUCAGCUCAAGGAGAAGUACUCCUGCGUUGACAGCGACAUUCACUUCAAGGUCGGCGUCAAGCUCAGCGGUGAGAAUGGCGAGGUCGAGGUUGUUAAGGCCACUGUUGAGUGCGAAGCCGACGCCCCUGAGAAGGAGGGUUUCGUCGACGGUGUGAAGAACCUCUUCGGCUUCGGCAAGAAGGACCAGAAGGUCAUGGACGGCGAGGAGGACACUGAGUCCGCUUCCGCCUCUACUGAGUCCUCUUCCUCCACCACCGCAUCUACCAAGACCGAUGCCACCUCCGCUUCCUCCUCCCCCAUCCCUAGCGACGCCGCUGCCGAUGGCAAGGACGCACCCAAGAAGAAGGAGCUCGUCGUCAUCAACGUCGACUUCACCCUUGAGAAGACCGGCCGCCCCGAGCUCUCCCGCGAUGCCCUGGUCAAGUCCAAGGACCGUCUCAAGGCCUUCGAAGCUUCCGACAAGGCCCGCCGCCUCAGGGAGGAGGCCCUCAACCAGCUCGAGGGCUUCACCUACAAGGUUCGCGACCUCCUGGAGAACGAGGCCUUCAUCGCCGCCUCCACCGCCGAGGAGCGUGCUAGCCUCGAGAAGCUGAACAGCGAGGCCAGCGACUGGCUCUACGGAGACGGCGCCGAUGCCUCUCGCGACGAGCUCAAGAAGAAGUACAAGGCACUGAACGACCCCGUCACCAAGAUCCAGAAGAGAAGCGAGGAGGCCGAGAAGCGCCCCGAGCUGGUCAAGGCUCUCAAGGAGGCCCUGAACUCCACGCAAUCCUUCGUCGCCAACAUCAAGAAGCAGAUUGACGAGUACGACGCCUGGCACGCUUCCGCGGCCAAGGAGUCCAGCACCUCCACCGAGACCCCAUCAGCCACGCCUUCAGGCGACUUCGACGGUCUUGAGGACGACGAGGCCUCCGCAGACCGCCAGAUGGACGACGUCAUCAAGGAGAAGGGCCCCGUCCCGCCCCUGUACAAGCGCGAGGACCUUGACCUCGUCGAGGACCUGUACGACGACACUGUCAAGUGGCUCAAGGAGAUGGAGAAGAAGCAGGAGGCCCUGAUCGCCACCGCGGACCCCGUCCUCCUCGUCAAGGACCUCCAGGCCAAGCGCGACAAGCUCGACAAGGCCGGCAUGGACCUCGCCAUGAAGGGCGUCAAGCACUUUGAGAAGAACACCAAGAAGGCGAGCAAGGCCGCCAAGAAGAAGACCAAGUCCACCUCGUCCUCCUCGACGACCAACACCGCGUCCGCGUCCACCGAGGGGGCCAAGAAGCCCACAACCACCAUCCCCCUGAAGAGCUCGACCGCCGAGCCGGAGCCCGCAGCCGGCCGGACCGUCGAGCUCCCGGGCGGCGGAAACUUCGUGCAGUACGGCGGCGACGGCGAGCAGCCCAGCGAGGAGGAGCUGGAGGAGAUCCUCAAGAAGUUUGAGCAGUACCAGGAGGCGCAGAACCCGCCGGCCAAGGAGCAGGAGGAUGCUCCCGACCAUGAUGAGCUGUAG